AUGUCCACUGAACAAGAAAUCAGCGUCUUAGCCAAAGAAUUAAAGGCCAACUUAAGACAAUUCCCAAACUUCCCAAGUGAAGGAAUCUUAUUUGAAGAUUUCUUACCAAUCUUCAGUAAACCUGAAUUAUUUCAAAAAUUACUUAAAGCUUUCCAAUUACACGUUGGAAAUGCUAAAGUUGAUUAUGUUGUUGGUUUAGAAAGUAGAGGGUUUUUAUUUGGACCUUCUUUAGCUUUAGCUUUAAAUGCUGGUUUUGUUCCUAUUAGAAAACCAGGUAAACUUCCAGGUCCAACUUUCCAAGUUGAAUUUCAAAAGGAAUAUGGUUCUGAUAAAUUUGAAAUUCAACAAGAUACUCUUCCAGCCGGAUCUAAAGUUUUAGUUGUUGAUGAUAUUUUAGCUACUGGUGGUAGUGCAUUUGCUGCUGGUGAAUUAGUUAAGAAAUCAGGUGCUGAAGUUAUUGAAUAUUUAUUCGUUAUGGAAUUGGAUUUCUUAAAGGGUAGAGAUAAGUUAGGUGCACCAGUCUUUACCUUAUUAAGUGGUCAAGAUGAAAAAUUCCAAUAG